GCCCGGAUUGCAGGCGAAAUUGCAUCACACGUUCAAAGAUGGUUGCCGGUAGGGAAAAUUUGGAGGCAAUAACUUCAGGAGAAAAUGCUCCAGAAGAGCUUGAUAAUGUUUCUGAGGACAAUGAUGACGACCCGGUAGAGGACGAGGUGAGUGGUGAUGACGAUGAGGCUGAGGCUGAUGCAGAAGAACCCGAGGAGUCCGAAGAUGAAGACGAUGAUGACGAGGAUGAAGAAGAUCCUGAGGAUCCUCAAGAUACAUUAAGGGAAAAAUGCGGCGAAAUUUCGAGGUGUGUGGCAUUAAAAAGUGAAUUCGACACUUGUGAAGGUAGAGUGAACAGCAGAACGAAGACUGAGGAGAACUGUGCUCAAGAGUUACUUGACUUUGUAGGAUGUGUUGAUAAAUGUGUUUCCAAAUCAUUAUUUUCACAUUUAAAAUAAGAUGUUAUUUAUUAUGGAAGGAUGAAGUAAAAAGUUGGUAUUCAAGUGUUGCUCCUUUUCCUGAUCUGGAGGAUCUUGUAUUAGAUCAAAGAUUCACAGAUUGUUAUCAUAGUUAAACACAAAUGUGUCUCAUUGUAUUGCAAGAACAUGCAAUUUCCAAAUUAAAAGAGCUUUUAAACAACUUUGUGCAG